AUGCCUUCCUCGUCCCAGUCGACAGACCCGCCCCUCAUCUCCAAGCGCCUCCACAUCUCCGGCGUCACCCCCGCCAUCACCCCCGCCGACCUCAAAGCCCGCCUCGAGGCGUUUGGCAUCACCGCCACGGCCAUCGAGGGCUUCGACAAGCUCGACGGCGUCGGGCGCCCGAGGGGGUUCGGAUACGUCGACGUCGUAGGGCGGGAGGACGGCGUGAAGAGGUGUAUGACCGCGCUCAGCGGGGCGACGUGGAAGGGCGCGAAGCUGCGCCUCGGGGAGGCGAAGCCUGACUUUCGCGAGAGACUCGAACGCGAACGCGCCGCCCCGCCCCCCGCGCGUCCCCCGAAACGUCCGCGCGGCGUGCACGGCGUGCACGCGCCCUCCAUGGACCCCGUCUCCCCCGAGGAAGCGAAGAGCAAGAAGGUGUUCCGCGUGACGGAGACGGGGCGCGUCGUGACGCUCGUGCGGAUGCGGCCGGAGAAGCCGCUCGGUGUGCCGGAGGAUGUCGGUGCAAAGGGGAAGGGGAAGGAGAAGAAGGAGAAGGAGAGGAAGGCGAAAAAGAGGGACCCGCCCACGCGUGCGCGGAGGAGGACGAUUGACCCCGUGCGGUAUGGGAGUGUGCAUCUGAAGGGGGCGUGGAUGGGCGAGGGGGGUGUGCGGGGCGUCGCUGCAGGGGACUUGGCCAUGGAGGGCCUAGAAGCGGGGAAUGUGAGUGAAGAAGGGGAUAGCGACAGCGACAGCGAGAGCAAGAGUGAGGAAGAGGCAGAGGAUGGAGAGGCGAGCAGAAGUCAUCGCGUCGAUGAGGAGCGACGGGAUGGCGAGAGCGAGGGCAAGCCCGCGCAAGUCAAGUCCCCUGCAGUCCUCCCGCCGCGCACCGUUUCCCCGGGCCCGCCUGAGUCGGACGAGAUUGCGCAGGAGAAGGCGCGCUCGCUCGGGAUUUUGCAGGCCCUCUUCGGGGAUGGGGAGGAGUGGGGCGGGCGAGAGAGCGUGUCGGACGUGGAGAUGGAGGCGGGCGCCGGUGAGGCUGUAGACAAAGAGGACGAGGAUGUGAGUAUGAAGGGAGAUGACGAGGAGGAGGGCAGUAACCAUGAGGGAGAUGCGGGUAUGGAUCCCGCACCGCAUACCGAGGAUGGUGCAGGAAAGGGGCAAGCAGAUGACAGGCGUACCGCAGAGGACUCAGGGAAGGAGAAGAGUCAGACGAAGCUGAAAGAUCUCUUCGCGCCGAGGGAGGAAGAGGUCGGGUUCUCUCUCCUAGGUCACCUUGUCAUAGACGAUCUGGAGCUGGACGAGGACCUCGCCCUGCCGUCCAUCACCGACGUCGCACCCGCCGCUCCUUCCGCCCCUCAACCCACCGCAAUCGUCCUCCCCUCCUCGCAUGCCCCCAAAAAAUCCCAGCCGGUCACCCUCGACCCCAAGGCUCCGCUGUUCUUCCCGCGAACGAAGGGGCGGGGGAAGGACGCGCUGGACGUGUUCAGGGAGCGGGGCUGGGUGUACGAGCCCCUGGGAGAGGAGGAGCUGAAGAAGCUGUGGGAGGAGGGGAAGGGUGAGAUGACGAGGGACUGGAAGAGGAGGCGACGGGAGGCGGGGAAGUCCGCUGACGCCGUCCGAGGAUACUUCUGCCUCAGCCAAGUUCGGCAGGAGUAUCAAACCUCUGGAUACCAAGAUCGCGGUGUAGUCUGGGUUCGGUCGAACAUAGUAGGAAAUCUCAGGCACGGCAAAGCGGUCAAUAGCCAGCGGAAGGAGAGCGACGGAUAUGCCCCGCCGGUGCUUAGGACUUACUAG